AUGUCUUGGAAGGCGUCGGAACGUCUGAUCGAUUUGUCGCGGAGGCGCCUCGACGUGCGCGAUCCGCGCGACGACGGCGGGGCCGCGGUCACCUACGACCUGCCCGACGACGAGCGCGCCACGGCGAUCAGAUCGCGGCAGGUGUUCGACGAACUCGCCAAAGCGCCGAUGGACGACGCCGACGGCGAGCCCGAAUUGAAAACGUCCCUGAUGGAAACGGCGAUGGUCCAGUGCGGUCUGAAGAACGGCAAAAAGUACGCGGCCAUGUUCGUGUUGAGCAAGUGGGCGAAAAUGCGUGACGAGCCGGCCUCGCUGAACCUGGCCGAGUUCCAGGCGGUGAUCGAGCGUUUCUCCAGCCCGGUGCGGAUUCGCAACCGUAUGCGCCGAAAGGUCGACAAAUACAUGGCCCACCACGGCUUCCAGUUCGCCAACACCGUCGACGAGUUUACCGAGUUGGACUAUAUAGACGCGUGUGUACCGCGGGCGCCGUCCACGCCCGUGAAAAUGGACGGCACGAUCGUCGCCAGGUCCAAGACCUGGAACGAGAUUCUCAACGAGCCGGCAGACCCGGAGUUGUAG